AUGGCAAAAUCAAUGGGAGCACAAUCACAAGAGAAGCUUUUAUUACGAUACACAGCCAAAGGUCAGGUUAGGGAGGAGUGAAACAUCUAGAGGGGAACUGAAUGGGGCGGAAGAAGCUGUAAUGAGCAUAUUGAGAAUCGGACGUACAGCAUUGAGUCAGCAUCAGCAUAGGGAAACAUGAUGUAGAUGAAUUAUGUGGAGAAUGUCAAAGGUUAGAAACAGUACAACAUUAUAUAUUAGAAUUAAUAAAAUAACAUAUUGAGGUUCAAACAACAAAUUGAGGUAUUAAUAAUACAGUUGAAGGCAUUAGAGGUGGAUUAUUUAUCAAUAGACAGUAUAUUGAAGGAGGGAUGUAUCCAGACGAAUAUACUGUAGAAGGGCGUUAGAGGGCGCUCAUCAUUAUUAGAUGGCAUGAGCCAACUUCGUCUAAUCAGAAGAAGAAAAAAACGUUGUUGCAUCAACAGUUGCUGGGAGACCAUUGUACAACGCCGUCAUAACAACCGUAAAAAGCUUUCUGAUCGGGCAAAAAUAAUUUGGUGUGUUUCUUCAAACUGAACUGAAAACACAGUACCAAUCAUCUUUUAGAAAAAAAAUGUCUUUUGAUGUCCAAGGUGAUGCUGGUUCAAAACCAAAAUCUGUAAACCGUGCAAAACAGUGGACUGGUGAGGUGGAAAAUCUCUACAGAUUUCAACAGGCUGGCUACAGAGAUGAAUUUGAAUACAAACAAGUGAAGCAAGUUGAUUUGGUUGAUCGUUGGCCAGAAACAGGAUUUGUGAAGAAACUCCAACGGCGAGACAACACUUUCUACUACUACAACAGAAAAAGAGAAUGUGAAGAUAAAGAAGUCAAUAAAGUGAAAAUGUAUGCUUACUAAAUACAAAAGUCGACCUUUUUAAAAAUAUAUUUAAAAGGUACCAUGUUGUACAAUUUGGGAAAAUUAAAUCUAAUUUUAGAAUGUUUUUUUUUUGUCAAUAUUAUUUGGAAACAAAGCUGCCUCUUAGAAAAAUGGAAGUGCUAGAAACACUCAGAACUAUUUACACCCAAAUACAAAAACACUGUGUUAAAAUAAAUAUUGAAGUACAUUAUUUUGCUUUAAUAAGCAUUAGCAAAUGAAAUGCUUUAUUUGUGAGAUUAGGGAAAUGAUGAGUUUCUAACCUUAAAAACAAUGCAGCUUAUUAUUUUAAGCAGUAAUAGCUCUGAAUAUACUGUUUUAUACAGGCAGGGUUGAAUUAUUUCAGUGCUACAGUGUUAGUGAUAUA